AUGACUACCGCUACGUCCACCCAACAGACUCAACGUUCGUUCCUACUGGCUGGUGAAGAACAGAUCACAGUCACUCCCGCAGCCCAAGAUGCCGCCUUCCAGUCCCUAGCUCGAGGAACCCGCGAUGGCGCCCUGAAGCUGCGCGGAAUCCCCACCCUUUUCGGAUCCUCUGGCGCAACGACAGUGGAUGAAGGAACACAUGGCUGCUGCUUUCCGCUAUUUCGGCAAGCUUGGAUAUGGAGAGGGUACCCUAUCCUGAAGGACCACUUUUGGAUGAACCCAUUCGCCAAGCAUUUCUCCACUAUCAAGGCUUCCGACUUGGUGCUUGUCGAUGAUGAAGGUUAUGUUACUGAGGGUGGUGCCCAGAUUCCCAUCAAUGAGGCUGGCUUUAUGAUUCAUUCCGAGAUUCACAAGGCUCGACCUGAUGUCAUUGCCGCGGCUCACACCCAUGGCAUCUAUGGAAAAACAUGGAGUUCAUUUGGAAAGAACAUCGAGAUGCUUACUCAAGACGCAUGCAAUUUGUUCGGCCGCGUGAGCGUUUACGAGGACCACGGUGGCAUUGCUCUCUCUCAAGAUGAAGGGAAGCAAAUUGCGGCUGCCCUUGGCAAAGAUAACAUUGCUUGCAUUCUGCAAAACCAUGGUCUUCUAACCGUCGGCACAACGGUUGAUGAAGCUGCCAUCCUUUAUUCUUUCUUGGAAAAUGCUUGUCAAUCGCAGCUUCUGGCUGAGGCUGCUGCUGCCAAUGGAAUCCCCAAGAGAAUUAUCAAUGAUGAGGUCGCUCAAUAUACCGCCAAUGUGGCUCAGAACCCCCACAACCUUUACACCGAGUUUCAACCAGAGUUCGAUCUGAUUGUAGAAGAGAGCAAUGGGAGGGUACUUCAAUAA